AUGUCCAAGCUUUUUAUCGGCGGCCUCGCAUGGCACACCACUGAUGAUGCCCUCCGUCAGGGUUUCGAGCAGUUCGGCCAGGUCGAAGAAGCUAUCGUUGUCAAGGAUCGUGACACCAACCGCAGCCGUGGUUUCGGUUUCGUCCGUUUCAGCUCCGACAGCGAUGCCGAUAAGGCCAUGGACGCCAUGAACAACCAGGAGUUCGAUGGCCGCACCAUCCGUGUUGACAAGGCUUCCGAGCGUGCUCCCCGUAACAACGGUGGCUUCCAAGGCCGUGGUGGCUACAACCAGUCCGAGGGCGGUGCCCCCGGCGGCGGUUACCGUGGCGGAUACGGUGGCGGUGGUUACGGCAACGGCAAUGGCAACUGGCGUAACAACUCGAGUAACGGACAGGCUGCUUAA